AUGGUUUCCGCACAGGGUGACUUCAGCUUUGAUGAACAGACUUGGAAGACCAUCUCUUCAUUCAUGAAGCAGUUGAUUUCCAGUCUUCUGACCGUCGAUCCUCACAGAAGACCACUGCACAAGAGCACUGAAUGCCAGAUGGUUAUGAAUGUACUCUGGACAAGAUUGACUGAUACUGGCCGAAACUGGCGCCAUGUUUAUAAGGCAUUGACUGUAAUAGAGUAUUUAGUGGCGAAUGGAUCGGAAUGUGCAGUUGAUGACAUCCAAAUCUCAUCAAUCUCAGGUUUUGAAUAUGUUGAGCCUAAUGGAAAGGAUAUGAGAAUCAACGUGCGAAAGAAGGUUGAAACCAUUUUGGCCCUCUUGAAUAGCAAGGAUAAAAUACAAGAAGUCAGAAACAAAGCUGCUGCAAACCGUGAUAAGGGCACCUUCUGUGAUUUGAGGCUUCAUCUCAUCAUCAAUAAUGCCAAGUUUGCUCUUUUACGUCAAUAG